AUAAAGCUCGGCGAAACGGGGAGCGAGGGGAGGAAGGGUUUUGGAAUUAGGCCGCCGUUGCGUGGGAGAGCGCAAAGUGGGAGCAGCCGAAACCGAAGCUAGCCGCCGCCGCGCCGCCGCCGCAGAGGCGCCCGGUCGCUCCCCGGGUUUCCAGGGGCUUCCCCGCGCGCGGAGGGUGGGGGAGGAGGAGGAGGAGGAGGAGGAGGAGGCGGGGGGAUCUACGGCGGCGAGGAUGACUGGCGGCGGCGCGGGUGGAGGGAAGGGGGCGGCGGCCGCGGGCCCCGUCCCGGCAGCGUCGAGGAAGCUGGUGCAGAGCCUGAAGGAGAUCGUGAACCGCCCGGAGGCGGAGAUCUACGCGGCGCUGCGGGACUGCGGCAUGGACCCCGACGAGGCGGUCAGCCGCCUACUCUCCCAAGAUACUUUUCAAGAGGUAAAGAGCAAGCGUGAUAAGAAAAAAGAGGUCAAAGAGAUUCCUGAGCCAAGAUCUCGAGCGACAAGUAAUGCUGCCAGUCGAGGUGUAAGAGGCGGUACAGAUCGAGGUGGAAGGAACAGUUCUUUCCAUUCGAGCUCCAUUGACAAUGUGGCUUCAAGGUCAAUCUCGGGGCCUGGUAUGACAUCAAUCAAUCCCACUCAGAAGCAGACAGUUCCAAGUUCCUCUGUAAACAAAAGUGUGGUUGCGGAUGGACCAUCAGUACCGCCACAAUCGUCAUCUGGGUUUCAGCACGGCUGGUCUGGGACACCAGGUCAGUUGUCAAUGGCCGAUAUUGUGAAAAUGGGCAGGCCUCAGGCAAAACAGUCUUCUAGCAAGCCUGCUGUUUCCGCAGACAAAGGAUAUGCUGGACAAUACCCUUCUUUGCCCACUACCGUGAACCAGAACUUGAAACAAUCUGCUACCACAGUUUUACCAACAGAUCCUGACCAGGGGUUACAUUCUGCUCAAGAUUCUAUUCAUGUCAAGGAUCACAAUCUCUCAGCAGCUGUCAACAAGCAGACCUAUGAUAAUGAUUGGCUGCUUGUUGACAGACCUAAGGACGAGCCACAAUCAGGAAAUCAAUCAGCCCUACCUGAGACAUCAGGCGACCAGUCAUUAUAUGAGUCAUCACUACAGUCAUCUACGCUGGUUGCUGGUGUGAUUAACCCUCAUGAAAAUUCUCAUUUUGAUGAGAACAAACCAGCUGCAAUCGCAUCGGUAAAUGCUUCCGAGAGACACUUGGAACAUCAUGGAGGCAAUUCUGAAUAUAAUGAUGAGCUGCUUCAGGACUCGAGUACCUAUCUACCGCAGAAGAAUUCUCUUACAGAAGAUGAAGUUGAGGAUUCCAAUGCUGAUGUAGAUUUAGCCACAGAAAACUUCCAGGGUCUAAUCCUACAUAACGAAGAGUUGGUUGCAACAAAAUUAGCUGAAGAUAACCCUGCAGUUAUAAUUCCUGAUCACCUGCAAGUUACUGGCUCAGAUUGUGUGACUUUGAGCUUUGGCAGUUUUGAAUCUGGAGCGUUUUCUGGGCUUCUCCCUGUUCCAUCAAGGAUCCCUGAUGAUAACAAUGUAUUGCCUGUUCUAGAGGAAUCUGUACCUAUAGAUCAAAUUGAUUCAAGAGAUCAAGAUUAUUAUGAUAGUGGCACAGUUACUUCACCAGGAAAUGAGAACCAUGAUGAUUCUAUUAUAGGAAGUAACAUGGAGAACCUUGAUGUACCUUCUGUUUCACAGCCUGAUGUCUUGAGACAAGAAGUGCUUGAUCAUGCUGGUCUUCAAUAUAACCUACCGUCUGAUUCAAGUGCUGCAUAUGCAAAUACUACACAGCCAAGCACAAUGGAUUCCUCACAAGGAAACGCUGCACACACCCUUUCCCACCUUUCAAAUUUGCUGCAAGCAAAUUCAUUACACAACAGCCUAUUGGGGUCAAACAUUGCACCUCUUCGGGACUUGGACUUCACUCUAUCACCUUUGCUAGCAGCACAAUCUAUGGCUACAAAAUAUAACUCAGCUGCACCAACUACUACUGGACCAGCAAUCUCCAUGCAAGAGGCUCUGAAGCCUGGAGUUUUCUCGAACACUCAAUCUACACAGAAUCUUCCAAGUACUAGUGUACCAACAGGGCCUCCUCUUCCUCAGCAAUUAGUCCAUCCUUACUCUCAGCCAACUGUACCACUGGCGCCUUUUGCGAAUAUGAUUGGGUAUCCGUAUUUAGCACAGAACUACCCUGCUGCUUACCUACCAUCAGCUGCCUUCCAGCAAGCAUACUCUAGUAAUGGACCUUUCCACCAGUCUCCUGCUGCUGCUGUACCAGGAGGUGCCAUGAAGUACAAUAUGAAUGUGCUGCCGCAGCAAUACAAGAACAACCUAUCGGCUACAAGCUUACAACAGCAGCCUUCUUCAGUGAUCUCUGGUUAUGGAGGCUUUGGAAGCUCUAGUAAUCUUCAAGGAAAUUUCAAUCUUAAUCAGAAUGCUGCCUCUGCAUCAACAAAUCUUGGGUUCGAUGAAGCAUUGAGCACACCAUACAAAGAUCCCAAUCAAUAUAUGGCCCUCCAGCAGGGCGACAAUUCUGCAAUGUGGCUUCAUGGUGCUGGUUCAAGAGCUACGUCAGCGGUUCCACCGAGCCACUUCUAUGGCUUCCAGGGACAGAGCCAGCAGGGUGGCUUUCGUCAGGCGCAGCAACCGCAGCAGCACUCCCAAUUCGGUGGCCAUGGGUACCCAGCUUUCUACCACUCUCAAAGCGGUCUGACGCAGGAGCACCACCAGAACCCGGCCGAGGGAGGAGGCCUGAACGGUUUCCAGAGUGCCCAAUCACAGCCGUCUCACCAGGGCUGGCAGCAGCACACCGGCUACUGAGUGCUGUAGUACCCUUGUUAUAAGUGGGGGUUGCUAGCCGAGCAUGGCGUGCGUGUAUCCUGACCAGCUGCAGAGUCAAGCAGCUCGGAGUAGCUGAGCCUGUGCCUCGAGCGCUGAUGAUGGAGGGUCCACGCCAUUCAACAACAGUUUCGAGAGUGUUUUUAACAUGUUGCGUGUGUUCGUCAGACAGAUGAUUUAUGCUUUGUUUUGAUAGCUGAGUUAUAUGUGCCCAAGUGCAGUCUCUUCUUGUAACUCUCUUCUUGAGACCUAACAGGUGCCGUUCUGAUUUCUAAGAUCUAGCCGUCUUCUCGACCUUCUCGAUGCUA